UUUUCAUUGAUAACCUACAACUUUUUACAUAAUGUCAGUUACUACUCCUACAAACUAUCAUAAACUUUUACUUAUAUUCAUUCAUGGUUUUAAAGGUGAUGAUCAUACUUUUAAGGAUUUCCCAGUUCGCCUUCAAUAUGCACUAACAGAAACCAUACAAAGCGUAGAAGCAGAACCACUAAUUUAUCCUCGAUAUGAGACUCGAGGAGACUUAAAGAAAGCUGUUGAGAUGUUUUGUUUAUGGCUAGAGGGAGUUGUUGAGGAAAAAGAAAAGCAGAUAAGUGGUAAUGGUGAUGUUUGGGUAUGCUUAGUUGGCCAUUCUAUGGGAGGUAUUUUAGCUGCAGAAGCAAUUUUAAAAUAUAAAAAUCAAACGGAAACACGUCCACCGAAAAUAAUUGGAUUACUUGCAUUUGACACUCCAUAUUUUGGAGUAGAUAAUAAUGUUUUUACCAAGGCUGCAUUAGCACGAGCUAAUAAAGUUAAACAAAGUGUAACUGGUUCUUAUACUUUUUUAUCAAGUGCUGCUUCAGCUGGAGGAUUUUUUUCUUCUUCUAAAACGAAUACUAAAGCCGUUGAGACUGUAGAAAACCCACCAACUUCUCCAUCUUCAGGAUGGGGAAAAUGGGGUUUAGCAGCUGUAGCUGGGUUUGCUGGUGUUGCUGCUGCUGGUGCUGCUGCUUAUUAUAAUAAAGACUUAGUUAAUCAAGGUACCGAUUACCUGGGAAGUCAUUUUGAAUUUGUUGGUGUUUUAUUUAAUCCUACUGAAUUAGUAGAAAGGGUUAAUAAUUUGAUUAAAUUAGAUAAUUGCCUCUUUCAUUGUUAUUAUACUGAAAUUCCACCGGCAGGCCAAUAUAAAGAAACAAGAACAUUCAUUAAAUUGCCACCAUCAGAUGUGAAAACUUAUUUUUCAGCUCUUACAAGUAUGAAUGAAGAUGAAAUUGAAGCUCAUAUUUCUAUAUUUAAUCCAAAUCAGACAAAUGGUUUAGAUAAUGUUGCUUUAAAGGAAAUAACUGAGAUUGUGAAUAAAUUUGAAAAGUUAUUGCCUAAAAAAAAACUGAUUUAAAUGGUUCGAGUAUUUAUAUUAUUAUUUAUUUAAAAAACAUAUUUAAAAUAAUUUAUCUGUUAUUAUGUAUUUGUUAUAUGUAUGAAUAAAAAUUUAUUGUGUUGAAAUAAUAAUGGUGACGUCAUAAAUACAAAAUCACCUGACAUUUUA